UAUCAAGACGGCGUGCCUCAAAAGCUAACAAUGAACGGCUCGGAGAAUCUCCCCAAUUCCUAUGACUACGACCUCAUCAUCAUCGGUGGGGGCUCGGGUGGACUGGCAGCAGCCAAGGAGGCAGCCAAAUAUGACAAGAAAGUAAUGGUUUUGGAUUUUGUCACCCCAACUCCUCUUGGAACUAGAUGGGGUCUCGGCGGUACAUGUGUGAAUGUGGGCUGCAUCCCUAAAAAGCUGAUGCACCAAGCUGCUUUGCUGGGACAAGCCCUUCAAGACUCUCGAAACUAUGGCUGGAAUAUCCAUGAUGCAGUCAAACAUGAUUGGGAAAAAAUGACAGAAGCGGUGCAGAAUCACAUUGGCUCGCUCAACUGGGGCUACCGAGUAGCUCUUCGGGAGCGGAAGGUCACCUAUGAGAACGCUUAUGGGCAGUUUGUUGGUCCUCACACCAUUAAGGCAAGAAAUAACAAAGGUCAAGAGAAAACUUAUACAGCAGAGAGAUUUCUCAUUGCCACUGGUGAAAGGCCAAGAUAUUUGGGUAUCCCAGGUGACAGAGAAUACUGCAUUAGCAGUGAUGAUCUUUUCUCCUUACCUUACUGCCCUGGUAAGACUCUGGUGAUCGGUGCGUCCUAUGUUGCUUUGGAAUGUGCUGGAUUUCUUGCUGGCAUUGGCUUAGAUGUCACUGUUAUGGUGCGGUCUAUCCUUCUAAGAGGAUUUGACCAGGACAUGGCCAACAAAAUCGGUGAACAUAUGGAAGAGCACGGUGUCAAGUUUAUCAGAAAGUUUGUGCCAAUACAGAUUGAACAGAUUGAAGCUGGAACACCAGGCCGACUCAAGGUGGUGGCAAAGUCCACGGAGAGUGCCGAGACCAUUGAGGGAGAGUAUAACACGGUCUUGCUGGCAAUAGGAAGAGAUGCGUGCACAAGAAAUAUUGGCUUAGAAAAUGUGGGUGUAAAGAUAAAUGAAAAGACUGGAAAAAUACCUGUCACAGAUGAAGAACAGACCAAUGUGCCUUACAUCUAUGCCAUUGGCGACAUCCUGGAAGGGAAGCUGGAGCUCACCCCUGUAGCCAUCCAAGCAGGAAGACUGCUGGCCCAGAGGCUUUAUGCUGGCUCCCCAGUGAAGUGUGACUAUGAAAAUGUUCCAACAACUGUGUUUACUCCAUUGGAAUAUGGUGCUUGUGGUCUUUCUGAAGAGAAAGCAGUAGAGAAAUUUGGGGAAGAAAAUAUUGAGGUUUAUCACAGCUACUUUUGGCCCUUGGAAUGGACGAUUCCAUCAAGAGAUAACAACAAAUGUUAUGCAAAAGUAGUCUGUCAUAUCAAAGACAAUGAGCGUGUUGUGGGCUUCCAUGUACUGGGUCCAAAUGCUGGAGAAGUAACACAGGGCUUUGCAGCUGCUCUCAAAUGUGGGCUGACCAAGGCACAGCUGGACAGCACCAUUGGGAUCCACCCUGUCUGUGCAGAGGUCUUCACAACUCUGUCAGUAACCAAGCGCUCUGGCGGCAACAUCCUGCAGGCGGGCUGCUGAGGUUAAGCCCCGGUGCGGAUGCUGCCAGCUAUACACGCACCACUGCUUUUCUCCCGGAUUCAAGGCGAAGAUCUCAGGAAAAUUCUUGAGCUUCUCUCCCAGGAGUCCUGUACGCACACCCAGGGCCUCCUGGGUUUCCGUCAGGGAUGGAAGUGAUGGGUGGAAGGUGGGCAGCAUUGCACUGGGGUUUCUCAAGACCAGCUGUGCCGGGCGCUCAGCGGGCACCACAGGGUGCGUCUAUGAAGUCACAAGCCUCAAACCCGCGGGUGGGCAGUGAUGGAACCACUGUUGAGCAUCUGGCCUCUCUCCUCUCUGUUUCUUCCUCUUGUCCAUUUCUCUUUCUCAUUUUUUUUUCCUGAGGUGUUAAUGGUCCUAGAUAAGAAAAGGUUAGCAGUUGUCUUUGGUUAGAGCCUGGUUGGCACCCUUGCCCCAUGAAGGAGAGCUUCAGACCCAACUAACCUAUUGAGCUGCCCUGUCCUGUUUACCAGUGUCUCCUGAUAGUCUAUUUCCAAACCAAGCACAUUCGAGGCUGACUCUGAUCCAGGGUUGUCUUCUAGGCUACAUGUGGGUGUGGGUAUGUAUCUUUUAUCUUUGGGCUAAAAACACAAACUGUCCCAGCUUUGUUUUCCAUGUAUGUUAGUACUUCUCCGUCAUUAGUGUUUUUCUAGUCACCCUAUUCUUACAGAACUGAUUAAUAUCCUAAGUUAUUCUUGAACACAGGUGGAUGUGAAGGAUUUUUGUAAACAAAAAAGUGGUUUUGUGGUAAUACAAAGAGAUAGUACAGGGAUUAAAAUGCAUAACCUUGCAUGCAGACAAUCCCAGUUCAAUCCCUGGCACCACAUUUGGUCCCCAAAGCUCUGCCAGGUGUUGCCCCAGAACAAAAC